CCUAAACAUUAGAAGCAUGAUCAAUAAAUAUAACUUAAACCUUAGAGAGAGAUAAAACUUAAAUCUAAUAAUAGAUUGAGUUUUGAUAGUCAGGCAAGAGUUGAGGUAUCAUUUUCCAAUAGUGCAGAUAUAGUAAGUUCAUGGAGAUGAAACUCUUUACACCUACAACUAUAGUCAGUCUGUCAGUUUCUGAGAAUUCAUCCACACCUUAAAAAGCUUCUUUUUAUUCCCUUAACAUUUUUUCCAAAACUAGCCAUGGAUCAUGACGUUUCUCCUUCCUCACUCACGUCCAUCUUCUUGCUUACUAUUACAACAAUUUCCCCUUCUUCUUCUCUGUUCAUUACUACAAUUCAGGGUUAACUUUUGGUGUUCAUGGGGGUUGUCAAUUGUUUCAUAUAAAUCCCUUUUGUUCAUUGCUUUAUGAGGGUGUGUCAAAAGUUUCAUUAAAUCAGGUCUUCAUAUCGUUUAUUCAGCACGAAUGGGUGUUUGUGAUUGGUUUAAGAGGAGACACAACAAUAAGAAAAAGAAGGAAAACAUGCGUCUAAAGUUCGAGCAUAUGCAACAGGAUUCCAUUGAUUCAAUAGGUGCAAAGGUCACUGAUCCUACUGUGAAUAAAUUAAAGUUUCUUACUUCUAAUAACGAAUACGCUGCCACCCGAAUCCAAACUGCGUUUCGAGCAUAUAAGGCAAGAAAAACGCUACGUCUUCUCAAAAGGAUUUCAAGAUUUCAGGCAUUUAUCGCAGCGGAUGCUUUUACAAAGCGGGCUCCGACUGCUCUUGAAAGAUUACAUUUUUGGAGCAAAAUUCAGGCGGAAAUCAGUGGUCGCCGCCUCUGCAAGGUGGCAGAAGGCCGGAUGAAGCAAGUGAAGCUUCAAGAUCAUCGGUUGAAAGUUGCAUCCAAACUUCAUAAACUUGAGAUGAAAUGGUGGAGUAGGCCCAUGCUAAAGGAGAUCGGUUUGAAGACGGAACAAACAGAGAAAGCAACUAACAAGCAUGAACGCGCAUUGGCAUAUGCAUUCUCUCAUCAAUGGAGGGCAAAUUCGAAUAGAUGUUUUGGUCAAGCUUACUAUGAUUUAAGCAAAGAAAGCUGGGGUUGGAACUGGAUCGAGCCAUGGAUUGUGGUUUAUCGGUUGGAGGGUCAUGUUGUGAUCCGGCCUGUUGUUUCUCCACGGGCCAGGAAACGAGAGAAGCCAAGAGUAGGCGUGUUGAGUAACAUGUCAAAACGGGUCGGUUUUCGUAAGUGAAAAUUCUAAAAAAGAAAACAGUAUUUGUUUACAAAAUAUGGCUCCUUUACGAAUGGAAAAUCAGAAGAAGAAUGGUUCCGGUACUCAAAUAAUUUAUUAAUUAUUGUGUAUACAUAGUGGGAAUUGGUUUAUUUAUGUUUUUUAUUAUUAUUCUUUUAUUUUUGGUUUUAUUUAAUCAAGUUUGAUGAUCAAUGUAAUGUAUAUUUUGGUCAUAAAUUAUAUUCAAAUUUUGUGGAUGA